GGGUCCUGCGGGCGGCGCGGCGGGCGGGCGGAUCGGUGUCUCCUUCACUUCGCCCUCCAGUGCCCGCGGCUGCAGCAGCGCGGCCUCCGCACGGCCCGACCCGCGCCGGCCCCUCCGCCGCCCGCCCGACACACGCAGCUCCAAUGGCGAUUCCUCCGUCGUACGUAGACCUUGGCAAAUCUGCCAGAGAUAUCUUCAAUAAAGGAUAUGGUUUUGGGUUGGUGAAACUGGAUGUGAAAACAAAAUCUGCAAGCGGAGUGGAAUUCACAACAUCUGGUUCAUCGAACACAGACACUGGAAAAGUGAAUGGGAGCUUGGAGACCAAAUACAAGUGGGCUGAAUAUGGGCUGACUUUCACAGAAAAAUGGAACACAGAUAACACUCUGGGAACAGAAAUUGCAAUUGAAGAUCAGAUUGCCAAAGGCCUGAAGUUGACGUUUGAUACAACUUUCUCACCAAAUACAGGAAAGAAAAGUGGUAAAAUUAAGUCAGCUUACAAACGUGAAUGCCUAAACCUAGGUUGUGAUGUUGACUUUGAUUUUGCUGGACCUGCAAUCCACGGUUCGGCUGUCUUUGGUUAUGAAGGCUGGCUUGCUGGUUAUCAGAUGACUUUUGAUAGUGCCAAAUCAAAAUUGACAAGAAAUAAUUUCUCUGUGGGUUACAAGACUGGAGACUUCCAACUGCACACUAAUGUCAAUGAUGGUUCUGAAUUUGGUGGGUCAAUUUACCAAAAAGUGAGUGACCAUCUUGAAACUGCUGUAAACCUGGCUUGGACAGCAGGCAGCAACAGCACUCGCUUUGGCAUUGCAGCUAAAUACAAGUUGGAUUCCACUGCUUCUAUCUCGGCAAAAGUGAACAAUUCUAGUCUAGUUGGAGUGGGUUACACCCAGACGCUGAGGCCAGGUGUGAAGCUGACACUGUCUGCCCUGAUAGAUGGAAAGAGCAUCAAUGCUGGUGGCCAUAAACUUGGUCUUGGCCUGGAAUUGGAGGCUUAAAAAGGUGAAGAAACUGCUGCAGAGAAGGGAUAUCAGAAGAAUUUGGCCUUAAAAUGUAUUUCCAAUGUGACCAGCAGGCUUUUUUUUUCCAAGAAGGAUGACCUAGAACAAGAGCUGUAUUUGAAGUAUUUAGACAGUUACUUGUUAGCUGGUUUCUAGUUAAAUUGGUUACCCAUCUAGUUAAAAUUCUGCAUUAGUGCAGUCACUUAAACAUUAUUUAAAUGUAUUUAACUGUUUAAUGCGCUACCCACAAAUAAUGAAAUAGACAUUUAUGAAAACUGUACAAUUGUGUGCAUGUUUGUUUUUAUGUUCCUUUUAACAUUCGAUAUUGCCAUUGAAUGAAAAAAACGGAUCAGUGGAUGUUUUGAAAUGAGGUCAACAAUUUUGUUGAAUCACCUGAAGUAGAAAUAUAUUUGGUAUCCCAAGACAAAUUAUGAAUAAAACAAGUACACACACUUACUUGUGCCUCAGAUAUUUUAAGAGUCAAUAUAUGAGGGUAGUGCUCAUUUAAGUUUUAAGUAAUCCAAGAAGUAGUGCUCUGUACCUUUGUGCAAUUAAGGACCCCCACCCAUGACAAUACUGAGUAUCGGUGAUCAGUUGGAUUCCUCAAGCAAGUUGAAUGUGCUUUUCUGUCAGGUAAGGUUGGUCAUGACACAAUGGUUUAAUUCCCCCUGUGUCCCACGGGCGAGAUGUACUGUGUCCCUAGUUGGCCUCCUGAUGCAAAGAGUGCAGAUCAAUGUACUUGGCACACUGAGACGUAUAGAAACUGCUCCUUGAAAAACCUCACCACAAACACACCUUUGCUUAUAUUUGUAUGAAGUGAGAUGUAUCUCUGCAAUUGAAUGUAACAGUGUAAUGGUUUAACAGCCUGCUUAUCCCAACUGCUGUGAGAGGUUUCUGCUUAAAAUGACUGAAAUAAAGACAAUUUUAAAUGGA